AUGGGACGCAUCCUCAUCACAGGCUCUACCGACGGCUUCGGCUUCGAGGCAGCCCGUCAGCUAAUCGAGCGCAAGCACGAGGUCUACCUCCAUGCGCGAAGCCAAGAGCGCGCUGAGCAGGUCAAGGAGAAGUGCCCUGGUGCUGCCGGCGUGCUCGUUGCCGAUUUGACGACCGUGGCUGAGACUCGCAAGCUCGCUGAGGAUGCGAACGCUAUUGGCACCUUCGACGCUAUUAUCCUCAACGCCGGACUUCUUUACGGUCCCUUCCGCAAGACGGAGAUUGAUGUCCCAGCCCAGGUUUUCGUCAACCUCGUCGCUCCCUACAUCCUCACUUCUCUCUUCAAGCAACCCAAGCGUCUUAUCUUUAUCGCCUCUGUCCUCCACCACGAAACGAAGAACACAGACAUCAAGGAUAUCUUCUGGCUAGAGCGUGGAGAGAAGGAGUGGGCCGACUUCCAAGCUUACUGUGACUCCAAGUUCCACGUCGUUCUUCUCGCCAAUGCAGUAGCACGACGAUUCAAGGGUACCUCGGUGACCUCUUUGCAUCCAGGGUAUGUGCCCACCAAGCUUGCCGGUAAAGACGCACCUGGUAAGCUGGAGGAUGGUGUCGAGACAUAUGUGAUGCUGGCCGAGGGUGAUUAUGAUACAAGCUUGACUGGUGCCUACUUCGACCCUAAGAAGGAGAGAGGCCAGACUCAUGCUUUGACAGCAGAUGAAAACCUACAGGAGGCUGUUGUUAAGGCAUGCGAGGACAUCACUGGUUUGAAGCUUGAAGGCCCCCAGUAG